AUGGAUGGUGGAUCAGAGUCACGGCUGAGGAAAGAUGGCGCCUUCCACUUCCCUGUGUUCCACAGGAAGCACCCAUGUGUAGACGAUAAUUCAUCGACGAUCAUCCACGCAGCAAGCGUAUCAGACGCAGGCACCGUCAUUGGCAACGACAAGAUCCAUCAAGGCAAGUACUUGAUGGCCAUCAGCCUGGGCACCCCCGCCGUCUUCAACCUCGUCGCCAUCGACACCGGCUCCACCCUCUCCUGGGUCAACUGCGAGAGGUGUCUGAUACGGUGCCACGAGCAAGCUGGCCCCAAGCUGGACCCUCACCGCUCCGCCACGUACCGGCACGUCGUCGGCUGCUCCGACGAGGACUGCCUCGACGUGCAGGGCGACAACGGCGUCCCCUACGGCUGCGUCGACGACGACGAGACGGACACCUGUCUCUACGGCCUGCGCUACGGGUCGCAGUACUCGGUGGGGAAGCUCGGGAGGGACAGGGAGGCUCGCCCUGGGCGACAACUACACUACACCAUCGUCGACGGCUUCGUCUUCGGGUGCAGCGAGGACGACAGGUUCUACGGCCUCGAGGCUGGCGUCAUCGGCCUCGGCGACAAGCGCUACUCCUUCUUCAACCAGAUGGCCCGGCUGACGACCUACAACGCCUUCGCCUACUGCUUUCCCGGCGAUCACCGCGCCGAGGGGGUUUCUCAUCGUCGGGCCGUACCCGCAGAAGAAGCUGGAGCUCGUCACCACAUUGAUCAGGGGAUACGGGCGUAG